CAUCCCCUGAAGCGAAGCCUCGUCCAACGCCACGCCGCCGAGUCACGCCUCCUUCCCAGUCCACAACUGCUUUGCUCUCCCCCCAAUCCCUUCCUCCUCCCAGCUCGCCUCUCGCUUCGCCGGAGGGACGAGCGCCGGCCGGGGGAUGGAGAUCGACGCGGCGGUGCGGGCCAGCAGCGACGGCCGCCUGCGCACCAAGUACGACAGCGCCGUCUACGUCGUCCAGCGAGCCUUCGCGCUCUACCCGUUUGAGGAAAUUGCCUUUAGCUUUAACGGUGGGAAGGAUUCAACCGUACUCCUGCAUUUGAUUCGGGCUGGCUACUAUCUUCACAAAACAAGUUAUGGUGAAGAAGCCCAUAUCGAUACUUUUCAAAACUGCCCGCUGCGUACCAUCUAUUUCGAGACUCCAUGUGCUUUUCCUGAAAUCAACUCAUUCACUUAUGAAACAGUUUCAACGUAUGGUUUGCCAUUGGAAACUAUCGGGUUGGAUUUCAAGUCUGGUCUAGAAGGCCUAUUGAAAAAGAAGCCUACUAAAGCCAUUUUCAUUGGCACUAGAAUUGGCGAUCCAAAUGCGGUUGGUCAAGAACAAUUCUCUCCUAGUUCGCCUGGCUGGCCUCCUUUUAUGAGGGUGAAUCCUAUCUUGGACUGGUCAUACAGGGAUGUUUGGUCUUUCCUCUUGACCUGUAAGGUCAAAUACUGCAGCCUUUAUGAUGAGGGGUAUACAUCCAUUGGGAGCAUAUAUGAUACUGUUCCAAAUGCACUUCUUUGUGAUUCAUCAAAUGGGAAAAGCUUUAGACCAGCAUACAUGCUAUCAGAUGGAAGACUUGAAAGAGCUGGGAGAGCAAAGAAGACUAGUAGUAAAACAGAAACUAAUUCUGUUGCAAGCAAUGGCAUAAGCAGCGCUGAGGGAGAACAAAUCAUCUCACGUUCGGCUUCAGUUAUUGUAGUUGGUGAUGAAAUAUUGUUUGGCACAGUUGAGGAUAAAUUUGGUACAGCCUUGUGCAAGAAGCUUCGUGAAAUUGGGUGGCGAGUUUCUCAUGUAGCGGUUGUUCGCAAUGAAACUGAUUCUGUUGCCGAGGAAAUUGAAAGAUGUAAAUCUACUGAUGAUGCGGUAUUUCUUGUUGGGGGACUUGGGCCUCUGCAUUCAGAUAUUUCAUUGGCUGGUGUUGCAAAAGCAUUUGGAGUUCGUCUGGCUCCUGAUGAAGAAUUUGAGGAGCAUCUUAGUCAACUCAUAGGGAACAGUUACAUCGGUAAUCGAAAUGAGAUGGCUUUGUUGCCAGAAGGUAUUACCGAAUUAUUACAUCACAAAAGGCUGCCGUUGCCACUGAUAAAAUGCAAGAAUGUGAUCAUUCUUGCUGCAACUAAUGUGGAUGAACUGGAUAUGGAGUGGAAUUGUCUUUUGGAUACCCAUGAGAGUGGUUUGGUGAGGGCGAAACCUUUUGUGUCAAAACAUCUCAGCACCUCGCUCCCAGAUGUCAAAAUUGCUCCGGUGGUUGAAAAACUAUGCUUAGAGUUCUCUGAUGUUUACAUAGGAACUCAUCGAAUUUCUAGAACUGGGCCUUUGGUUGUGAAUCUUCUUGGAAAGGAUAACCAGAGGGUAGAAGGGGCCGCGGAUAAGCUGACACGUAGCUUUGAUGGACAAUUUUCCCCAGUCAACAGUUGCAAAUAAACUCAAGAGUCCACACACUUCCAUAUUUCUUCCACAUUAUUUCUGCUGGAAGUUCUGAAAUUGUGCAGAUCUAAUGGUGCAUUGUGGUGCUCAGAUGCCUUCACCAGUGACUGGAAUAAACCACUAAGCUACCACUCUGAAGCUCGAGAUACUAUUUAGGAAACAUACAAAUUUUGUAUUACCCGUUUAGAACUGAAUGAACAAGUGAAAUGUUGAGGGCUUCAGCUAGUAACAAAUUAACAACGGUAGCUUUGUAUGGUCUAUUUUGACUGGGCUAAGAGCUCUCAAUUGUUUCAUGGAAAAUCAAUUGAAGUUGAUUAUAGAAUAACUUUGUUA